AUGGCCGAGGAUGGUUUUGUCGACAUCGACGACGACAACGCCUUCGAAUGGCUGUAUGUCGAGGACGACUACCCGCUCGCGGACGAGCUAGCAGAGACACAGAUCCCUUCUCCGGGUUUCAUUAACGCUGAACACGAGCUUGCGGUCAUCUCCGACUUCGAUCCGUACGAGUACUUCAUGGAUACUGAAUACGGCGACAACGAGUAUUGGGAUAAUAGCCGCACUGGCGCCUCACCGACUGGAGAAAAACGCAAGCGUUCAGCGGCUGCACCGAAGACAGCCGAGAAGAGAAGGAAGUUGAGCAGCGAAUAUGACAACGUGGUCUUUGUGCCCAUGGCUGAGAGGAUACGGCCCCGCGAUCGGGCGCCGACAGACCCCAAGACGUUGAGGCCUUUCGCACUGCUGCCGGACUGGCGUACACGGUUUUCCAAGACGAGCGGAGAAAUUGAGGAGAAGCCCAUGCCAGUGGACAUGAAGAAGGCUGCUGAGAGCAAGGACAGUGACGUCUCUCCGCAAGCGCUUCGACGGAAAGAUGCCACGGAAACGGCUGGCGAAAAUGAAGACGAGUGGGAGGAUGAGGAGGAAGAGCCAGCCGAAGGGGCGGCAACCGAGGAUCUGCAAGCACAACUUGCGUCUCUAGACCCAGAGAUGGUGAAAGCGAUCUUGAAGCAACGCAUGGGCGAUGCAGGGCUUGAAGGUAUGGACGAGGGAGCCUUCAUGCAGACGAUCUCGAAGAUGCUUUCUGGGGAAGGAAACGCAGAUGACGCGGCUGGUGAUUUGGCGAACAGUCUGCUCGGACAGGCGACUGCCGGCAACGACUCUGCUCUGACGGGUUGGCUAUCGCAACAAGGUGUGUCGCUCGAUGAGGCGAAGGAGGGCGAAGAGGACGAGGGUGAGGAAAUUGAGGUUGCGCAGCCGAGCGCGAGAGCGGGUAGGAGGGUAGUCAAGGCAUCUCCGCAUGAUAGUGCCAUUGGAGGUUCGAAGGGUGGGAGGAAGCAGAUGGCGAUGCAUGGCUCGUCGCCGAGCUCCGCGCGGAAGAGAAGUGCGCCCGAGGAGGCGCAAGACGCCAGUGGGAGCAGCAAGAAGAGGAGAGUUGUGUCUGAGGUGACUGGAGGUGUGGCAGCCCCUCGUGUUGAGGAAAAGGAGAGCAUUACUGUCGGCUCGGCUGCGCCCAGUGAGCUAGAGGAUAGUAUCGCUGUGGCUCCAGCCUCUUCUGGUAACGAUGACAGCAUCGCAGUAGCCCAGGCCAAGACCUCAGACACAGUUGCCGACGGAGCCGAAAGUGAGAACGAGGGCAUCACAGUCGCCACCAGCAAGAAAGCAAAUACCAAGGCUGCGAAGAACAACAAGGCUACCUCCAAAGCCUCCAAGCCCGACACUGCACCACAGGUAACCGAUGCCGACGAACCUGACGACACAAUUGAGGUUAGCUCGAAAAAGCCCGCACCAGCAGCAGCGAAGCAAACUCGUAAGCGCAAGGCGGACGCUGAGGUCGAAGCUGAGGACGGCGGCUCUGCGAGCACUGGGACGAGGCAGAAGAGGCAGGCGAGGAAAGUUGCAGCGCCUAAAGCAGCGGACGACGAGGCUGCUGGGAGGCGGACUAGGAGUACGAGGGCGAAGGUUGGGAAGUGA